ACGAUCUGCUCGGUCUGAACUUCUUUCUCGAACUGAAUAUUUUAAGACGACGUCUUAUUGGAAUAACUGAUUGCAAGGAUGAAGACCAAACUGUUUUUCCUUGGUUCUUUGUGUUUGCUUCUUUGCUGCAAUCUGCAGGAGAUCUUUGGCCUAGAAGAUCAGUCCUUCCCGCUAGACAUUGCUGAAGAAUCUGUUGAUGACAUGUACCGUAACUGUGAUACCAAGAUGGAAAAAAAGGUCAAGGAAGACUAUUUUAAAAAAGAAUCAAACAAUAAACUGUUUAGAGGAGUGUGGAAUAAAGCUGAAAAUUGUGCCCAAAACAACAUGAUAAAAAGAGAAAAAGAAGAUAAAAAACUAACAGAAUAUAAUAUGCAGGCAAUUUGUGUUUACACGGCUGGAGGACAGACAAACUUCUACCAGAUAUUCAAUCAAGCAGUUAGGAUCAUGAGAAGGAACUAUAGCUCAUCCUUUGAAUUUCAUUCCCUACAUUUCUGGCUGACCAGGGCUAUACAGAUACUAAAUACACCACAAUGUAAAACCACAUACCGCAGAACCAAAGCUGAGUUCACUGGUAACGUCAACCAAGAGAUGCGGUUUGGUGCUUUUACUUCUUCCUCUGAAUUAACUAACCUGACACAUUUUGGUAAAAAUACAUGCUUUAAAAUUCACACUUGUUAUGGUGCUAAUUUAAAAGCUUACCCAGUCCUGGGAAAUUAUGAGAAAGAAUGGCUUAUUCCUCCAUAUGAGAAGUUCAAAAUAACCAGCAAAGAUAAAGCAGAUGGACUCAGUGACUGUGACAGUGUUUUUACUUUGAAUAGUACUGGUAUCCUAAGCAACCUCAACUGCAGUCUAAUACGUUCAUAAUUUUUUUUCUUCAGCUAUGCCCAGUGGCGCCUCCAGAAAUGUUUCAUGGGGGGGGCAAGAUGGGGCCAUUAAACACCUUGGAGUGGCCACUGAAACUAAAAGCCAUGAUUUCAGGUUUUGAAUGUAGAAAUCAUAAAGGCUUCAGUAAACACCGACUCAUAUCUGGCUUUAUUGGGUGAUUCUUAAUGUUACGUCGCUGGCUGUGAUGAUCAUUUAAAAUAAACUGAUGUAAAUUUAAGCCAGUGGCUACUUCAAUAGAGGCAGUAAAUUUGACUUCAGCCAUCUCAAAAUGAACUAUUAGCUGGAAAUACUGUCUAAUUGAAACAUCUUUUUUUUAACCUGGUAGAGAGAUUAACAAGCCGAACUUAAUCCACAAAAAGAAAUUUGUCAAAAUGUUUGGAGGUGUUUGGAGAAACUUAUGUAAAAACUUGUAUUUAGGUUAAGAUGAAAUUGUCACUUCUGCUUCAGACAAGACAUUGACUGCUUAAAGCUUCUCUUUUAAACCAUUUUAACUGCUAAAAUGUUUGAAGACUUUAAGGUUAUUGCUUCUGCAACAAGAGGGAUUUUUACCUGCUGUUUUGCUUAUGUGUUAGCAUGGAUCCUGUACUUUGUUUUGAACGAAGUCAAUAAAAUGG